AUGGACAGCGAUGACGAGGACGGCGGCGGCGGCGGCAUGGUGGGCGGCGCGGACGGCGGCGAGGGGGACGAGGGCGGGGCCACGGCGGCGUGGCAGCUGCCAAAGGCGACGGCGCUUGACGUUCGGCGCCACGACGAGCGGACGCUUUAUGGCGCCAUCCCCGGGGCCGUCCACGUGCCGGCCGAUGAGCUGGCGUCGGCGCUGGCCCUUGAGCCGCGCGAGUUUGUGCGGCGCUACCGCUGCGAGCGGCCGCCGCGCGACGAGCCGCUGGUGGUGCACUCGCGCACCGCGGGGCGCGCGUUCUGGGCGGCCCAGGUGGCGCAUGACGCGGGGUAUGGCAGGCUGCUUGUGCUGCGGGGCGGCGCCUACUCGUGGCGCGCGGACGGGGUCAAGCCCUACGCCUCGUACCAGCCGUGGGAGCCGCCCCCGGAGCCGGAGGCGGCCCCAGCAGAGCCGCACGACGCGGCCGCGGCGCUGGAGGAGCUGCUGACCCUGGGCCUGGCGACGCGGGCGGGCGGCGGCGGCGGCGGCGGCUCGGCCGCUGCGUGA